AUGGGGGACUACCGUACCUAUCUGUUUCCAAUUGUUUUGUUUCUCUUACAAACAGCAUUCACUGUUCUUUUGGGUUUGUACAGUGAAUAUGAAUAUUUUCCGGUUUCAAAUGUCACUGAUUUCGAAAAUCCACCGCGUGGUCUAGUUGAAUUCUACUAUUCAAUGUUCACAGACAUACAUGUCAUGAUGUUCAUCGGCUUCGGCUUUCUCAUGACAUUUCUCAGUCAUUAUUCGUAUUCAGCUAUUGGUUUCAACUUUAUUCUAUGUGCAUUCACAGUCGAAUGGGCAGUAAUUAUGCGCGGCUUCAUCUUCGAUUGGAAUGAUACUAAGCAAAAGUUCAUAGUUGAUGUACGAAGUUUAUCUACAGCAGAUUUUGUCUCCGCUAGCAUACUGAUUUCUAUGGGAGCUGUUCUGGGUCAAGUCAGUCCUUUACAGUUAAUUAUAAUGGCAUUUUUCGAAGUUCCGCUUCAAGUGGUGAAUGAAUGGAUCGGUACAUACUACUUUUGUGCUAAUGAUGCGGGAGAAUCGAUGUUUGUGCAUGUAUUUGGUAAGAAUAGAAGAAGAUGCAACAGAGAUGUUCUCUAUUUCACUUUUUUAUAG